UCCUGGCUCCUAAAAAACCGCAUCCCCAGCCGUUACCGUACACCCUCACACACCCAUCUUCCCUUCACUCGCUACUCACUAACACUCAUUCUCACACUCAUACUCUUCGUCUUCUUCUUCAUCUUCUUCGUCACCUUCGUUUCAAUCAUACCUUCUUUUUCAAAAUCACAUUCUAGGGUUAGGGUUUCGGCAUUAUGAUGUGAAACGAAGCACGCCUAGUCGACCGUCUCCUCCCAAACCCUCCCCUCCGCCGCGAUCUCUGCUCCUCCUGCCAUGGGAAACUGCUGCAGAUCCCCGGCCGCCGUGGCCCGCGAGGACGUCAAAUCGAGCUUCUCCAACGCAGACCACCAUGGCAAGCGCGGCUCCGGCGCUGAAGCUGUCAAACAGAAGGCGCCGAUCACGGUCCUCGCCGGCGUGCCCAAGGAGAACAUCGAGGACCGCUACCUCGUGGACCGCGAGCUCGGCCGCGGCGAGUUCGGCGUGACUUACCUCUGCAUCGACCGUGACACGCGCGAGCUGCUCGCGUGCAAAAGCAUCUCCAAGCGGAAGCUCAGGACCGCCGUCGACGUCGAGGACGUCCGCCGCGAGGUCGCCAUCAUGCGCCACCUGCCGGAGAGCCCCAGCAUCGUGUCACUCCGCGAAGCCUGUGAGGACGACAAUGCCGUUCACCUCGUCAUGGAGCUCUGCGAGGGGGGUGAGCUCUUCGACCGGAUCGUUGCCCGCGGCCACUACACCGAGCGAGCUGCUGCCGCUGUCACUAGGACGAUUGUGGAGGUCGUGCAGCUCUGCCACAAGCACGGGGUCAUCCACCGCGACCUGAAACCGGAGAAUUUCUUGUUUGCAAACAAGAAGGAGAAUUCGCCGCUCAAGGCUAUUGACUUCGGGCUUUCCAUAUUCUUCAAGCCAGGCGAGAGGUUCUCUGAAAUUGUUGGAAGUCCAUAUUAUAUGGCUCCAGAAGUUCUCAAGCGGAAUUAUGGACCAGAAAUAGAUAUAUGGAGUGCAGGAGUAAUUCUCUACAUCUUACUGUGUGGUGUUCCCCCGUUUUGGGCUGAAUCUGAGCAAGGAGUUGCACAGGCCAUUCUUCGAGGGCUUAUAGAUUUCAAAAGGGAACCUUGGCCAAGUAUUUCUGAAAGUGCUAAAAGUCUUGUUAGGCAAAUGUUAGAACCAGACCCUAAGCUUCGAUUAACUGCUAAACAAGUGCUUGAGCAUCCCUGGCUCCAAAAUGCCAAGAAGGCUCCUAAUGUUCCACUUGGAGAUGUUGUCAAGUCAAGGCUUAAGCAAUUUUCAAUGAUGAACAGAUUCAAAAGAAAAGCCCUUAGGGUCAUUGCUGAUUUCUUAUCCAAUGAAGAGGUUGAAGACAUCAAAGAUAUGUUCAAGAAGAUGGAUAAUGAUAAUGAUGGCAUUGUUUCCAUAGAAGAACUGAAAGCUGGAUUUCGAAACUUUGGGUCUCAACUUGCUGAGUCUGAAAUUCAGUUGCUUAUUGAAGCUGUAGGUAGUAAUGGUAAGGGAACACUAGACUACGGAGAAUUUGUUGCUGUUUCCCUUCAUUUAAAAAGGAUGGCUAAUGACGAUCAUCUUCGUAAGGCCUUCUCCUAUUUUGACAAAGAUGGGAAUGGAUAUAUUGAACCGGAUGAGCUACGGAAUGCCUUGAUGGAAGAUGGAGCAGAUGAUUGUACAGAUGUCGCAAAUGAUAUUUUCCAAGAAGUAGACACAGAUAAGGAUGGACGUAUCAGCUACGAUGAAUUUGUUGCUAUGAUGAAAACUGGAACGGAUUGGAGAAAGGCAUCAAGGCAUUAUUCACGUGGGAGAUUCAAUAGCUUGAGCUUAAAGUUGAUGAAAGACGGUUCUUUAAACUUAGGAAAUGAGUAGUUGUCUGAGUGUUUGGCUAUAUUCGAUCUGGCUUUCCAAAUAGUGUAAUAUUCCUCCUACAAUAUGGACUUGGCUUCUUUGUGAUGAUUAUUUGGUUCCACUUUUAGAAGGGUUCCUUUCCACUUGGUGCUGUGCGAGUUACGAAGGAUUGGGUACGCCAAUUAUACACGCACUUCGUUACUUGUGUAAAACAUGGUACCUUGGAGCCACUGGUGUGACAUGUAUGAUUCCACUCGUUUUAACCACUCCUGCUUCUCUUCUGGUGUGACAAUGUUGAAUCAAAAACUGUUUAGUGCAGUCAGAAUAUGUUUAUCAAAGUGCGAAUAUCUUGUAGUUCCAAUUCUGGACUCUCUUUUGGUCAUUCUAUCCCUCUCUUUCCACUGCCUCAUAAUGGCCAAUGGCCAAAAAACAUUUGUUUACUCCGGAAUGCUGACAACAUUUGAUUUUUCUUGUCUCGUAGCAUGACCUGUAAGAUAUUCUGAUCCUGGAAAUGUGCACACAUGGAACCGUUGCUGUUGAAUUUGUGGGUGGCUAAGAAGUACAAGUCGCAGGUUUUGUUG